CACUCGUGUCAUAUCCCAUCACACUACAUCCUCGUUCUAUAUACUCUUGUAACUUAUUCCAAUGCCGGCUGUAUCGACACUCGCAAUAAUCCCAGCUCUAUACAACUUGGGCUAUGCUGCAGACCCGUUGAGUUUUGACGCCGAAGAUGAGCUUACCCGUCUGCCAUUUGUUGAUGAAGGAUUUAUCAACGGUCUUGGCCUUUCUCGUGGCCUCUUCCCUCGUCUUCCAGACGGUACACUUGACAUAACUACUCGGCCCUCUUGGUGGUUGGCUCUUCGAUGGUCCCGGGAUGACGAAGAAAAAGUGUGCAGGGUUUUCAACGAGUGUACGCACCUCCGAAAUGCAUCUUCAGGAGGCCGUGGGGGCCACAAAGCUCUGGUAGAAACUGGAAAACACAUCAAGAGAUCGAACGCAUUCAAACUUAUUUCUUCAUGGACUAUUGCAUUUUGGGCUGCAGCCAGACUGAAUGAGAAAGUUGAGAUUUCUCUGAAAGACAGCGGUCACCACCCAUUCACGAUGAUGGACCUGAACAACACGACGCAGUUUCCUGCAGUUCCCAGCGUCCCCACAGAGAAGAUUGCCGUAGAGUGCUUUGGCCAAGGUUUCCUCACUCAAUGCAGCAGCGAUGGAAAACGAUUUUAUCCUGCGGCAGCUGAACCUGCAAUAUUGGCACUGGUUCAGCUCACGUUUCACCGGAUUCGUGCUUUCUGCAACCGUGGUCUCCGCAGUGCGGAAGGGGACGUCCUGAAAAUGGAAGAACUUUUCAAAUUGGUGGAUCCGAACUCGCCUGAGUCAAAGCCACAAGAUUUCACCAUAUCUAAUCUAAACAGAGCUUGGUCCGCCAUUAUCAAGGUAACAGGCCUUCCAAUGUUAGCGAUGGAAGACGCCGAACGGGAGAAACUGAAAACGAGGGUCUCUGAGCUGGAAGAGGAGAUGAAAGAGACGUUCGUCAGAUUACAUUUGGUGGACAAGGAUGCGGCGGGUCUUUGCCGGAAAGGGACGGCAAAUGUUAAAGGGCUUACGAAAGAAUUCCUCCAAACCGUGCGGUCCCUUUCUAGCGAUCCGCAGGUGGAGAACUUCAAGCUGUUGCUCAAUGAGUGGUUUGAGCAAAGUCGUGAAGUCGGUGAAGUGCCGUCGUUUUCUGAGGCAGUUGGAAAUGCUCAGGAAGGAGUUGAUGCUGUGGACCAGCUCUUUGGUGGCGGAAAAGACGUGGGUACGUCAUCAUAUGCUCAACUAACUGAGCAUCAGGUCAAGGCGGAAUUGGACAUGCUCAAUCCAUGGCCUUAUUUCAAUGAGCGUUAUGACCCUCGAGGUCUUCUCACCCCCGCCAGCGGGCCGGAGUGGAGAGAAGCAGAGAAUGCGCCACUGGCUUUUCACCAACAUCAACUUGAUGGGGUGCUUGCGAUGCACCAUAUGCUAUUUUGCAAGGAAACCGAGCGCGUGCGCGAGAAGCAGGGAAUUUUAGUGGCCGAUGGAAUGGGCUUGGGGAAAACAGCUCAAAUAAUCGCAUUUAUAGUUCACCUUGAGAUGCAACGUCAGCGGCUUGCUAAUGGCCAACGCCCAGCAGCUGGUACGCUCUUCGAAACCCUCCCACAUCCGGCCUCCGCAGGCCACAAGUGGCCUAGCGUGCAGCAGCCUCAAUCCAAGGCGGCUCUAUCAGAAGGCCCGGUGAUGAUAGUGGCCAGCAACACAUUGAUCGGCUCGUGGAAAUUCGCCUGCGAGCAGUUCCUUAAGGGAGAUGCCUACGACAUCUUUCCAUACGUGUCCAAUAUGGCAAACAGUAGUACACUCCUGGAGUCGUACAGGUCAUCCUAUCAACCCGAGUCACGGCGGAUCAUCUUGGCAUCGACCUCGGCACUGCGGAAGCAACACAAAGAACUAAUGGGCCAUCGUCCUAGCAAGCAGUGGGAGAGUCCCUCCAUCAUAGCUCGCAGGCGUGGCAAAACUGACGACACUAUCUUCUCGGUCGUGCCAUCACUUCUGGUCAUCGAUGAAAUCCAGACAUACCGCACAAAUCCAAGCUACAUGUUUUUCUUCCGUGACUUGGCCCAGUUCACGAUCGGUUUGACCGGCACUCCCCUCAUCACUGACCCAAAGGACAUCAUAAAUAUUGGUUGGGCCAUCGGGACCCCUCCCCUUCAAGAUCCAGAACUGUAUAAAGUGUUCCAAGAAGACCAUCGAAUGGCACGUAAUGCCAUGAAGGCUGCCCGUAAUGGGACGAAAGGCAAGGCAAACGUUCGGACAUGGGGUGCAUUAAUUCGUCAAGGUCGAGCAUCAUCAGCGGCUUCGUUUGAACCAUUCGCCAAGGCACGGGAUAAAUUCAACUCCGUGUUGGAAACACUCCGUAAUGCAUUCUCAGGCCACAUCCUUCGUCGAACACCGUCUUCCCUAGGCCGUGACGGAAAUCCUCUAGUGAAUCUCCCGCCCGUCACUUUUUACCCGGUCUGGGUCACCUUGGAGCCUGAUCACCUCGAUCGCUUAACGGCAGAUAUUGAUGACGCGAUAUUGAAAGCAGUUGAGGUUGACAGGUUUGGCCAUUUCCAUCUCCGUGCACGCAAAGGUUCAGACCACCCUGAUGCCAUCGAGGCCAGCACUCAGGCUCCGGUCUUUGAUGACGCAGCACAGUAUCAUGCGAACGGUGGUGCUAAGUGGAAAACCAUGUUGCACAUCAUUGCUCAUGGUCUUGCUUCUGACACUGCCCCACCAAUCACCCUCGACACUCAUGGUCACCUGGUACCAACACUCGAUACCACAUUGGCUCAAUGGAAAGCGGACCCUGAUUGUCCACGCAAGCGACGAAUCGCUGUGUAUAUGGACUUCACCCAAAACGUCCCCUCCUUCGCCUCCGCCAUUCGCCAUGUCCUUGGAUUUGAGCCGUUCACGCUGACUGGAAACACAGACCACGCACGAAGACGGGAGAUGGUCUCCCAAUGGCAAUGUGAUGAGAACCGCCGUGUGCUAAUCUUCACCUCAGUAGCCGCUAUGGGCAUUAACUUGUCCGCAGCAGAUACCUUGAUCAUUGCGAAUGUUCAAUGGUCGGCCCAGGAUAGGCACCAAAUCUACACUCGGGUGCAUCGUCAACCACAACGGAAAGAAGUUCGAGUGUAUGAUAUAUUGACCGAGAAGACAGCGGACAUCCUGUUGAUUCACGCUGGUGAUGUCAAGGCCCGUCAGUUGGAGAGUUUUUUGGGGUCAGAGACUGGGGUUGCAUAUCAAGGGCUUAUUCAGGGCAUCACCCCACUGAACGAAAAAGAACAAGCUGCCGACCCAGCAGCGGAGACAAAAGAGAGCAAUACCCAGACUCGUCGGAAGCGGUCUACUCCCUUGGAUGAUGACGAUGAAGAAAUCUCAUCUAGGGCGAUCAAGAUUGCCAAGACCGUGUCGGCAGGGGAAAAAUCCAGAGGCAGAUUUGGGGGUUGGGGCGAGUCUUCUGGUAUCGGAAGCGGUAAACGAGCAAAAGGGAAAGGGAAGAAUAGAGAGACCUACUGCAGAGACACUAGCGCGGAAGAGGGGGAUUACAGGGAUGGUGGCAGCCCCGAGAAUGCUUCUAAAGAUGGCCCAAGUGGCUCUUUGACCCGUAGUGAGCGCCUCAAAAAAAUUCGGCCACCAAUGGAAACUACAGCGACGAUGCGCAUUAACGCGAUCCACUUACCCGUGCCAGCACCCUCCACCGUGCCAAACACCUCCUCUUCCAGACGCAAGUCUCACAUGCCAUCGGUAGCACCAAGCACUGGUGCCUCCGGGCACAUGCCAAGAGCAGCACGGAGCUCCGGCCCUUCCAGGCAGAAGUAUCAUAUGCAGACUGCAGCAACAAACUCAGGUACUUCUGGACGACAGCCUUACAUGCCAUCAGUGGCCCCAAGCUAGCGCAUUGCCACGUUGUUGGGCGACACAGCUUUUCUCUUCCUGUGGCUAGGGUUGCGACGUCAGUGGGUUGAAAUUUACUAGUUUUAUUGUUCGUAGGCGCUACUGGAACAGGAUGCCAGAUGAGGGUGGAAUGGUGAACGACCCCAAAUAGCUGAUACGAUCUGGAACAAAUGAAAUAGACGAGAAAAUAGAC